GAAUUUUUAGUAUGGCUUACAGUGCUUUGGAUCUUGAUGCAAGAAACUCAUAAUGCUGUGAUAGAUGUCGAAAUAGCUUGGCCCUCGGCACAAUUUUUCCUGUCACAAAGGAAGUCAAAUUAAGAUUUAGUGGUUUCCCAACCAAUAUGCUCCAGCAACAGGCGAGGGCGUCUGGAUAAAGCCAUUCGCACUUGUGCCGUGUGACACACCAUCGUUGAUGCUCUAACGACUCGGGGGGAAAUAUGUUCCGAGCAGAUAAAGCCUUGUCAAUUCAGAGCUGGAUAAAAGGACAGAAUGGGGGUGGAUGGUAAUGAGUAGGCCAGUAUCAGCUAUGUGGAAUGCCCCAGGAGGAAACCAAGGGCUUCUGUAAUCAAGAAAAACAUUGAGUGGACCACUCGGUGGGAGGAGCCGUGGACACGCACUUUGCUCCAGCUAGCCAACCAUGUGAUGACCCUAGAUGGUGCAGCAGCAACGAGAAAGGAGUGGUGCAUCGUUUGUCGCAUGUGCUGCAUGGUGCAGCUCUACCCCUCCCAUCAGGAAAGCUACCCCGAGUUGGUAUCAACGACACCUUGUGUGAGAGGGAGACAUUGUUAAGUCACAAGGUGGCAGUCUAGACCCACUUAAGUACCGAAGCAUUCAUAAGGACAACCAGGAUUGGCCUGGCUAGGCUUUGCUAUCCUAUCUUGGGCUUAAUGACCUAUUGACGAGGCAGCAGCAGACUGAAUGUGACUGCAUUUUACACACCGAAUAUGGACCGUCGCUGAUCCAUCUUCCCAUUGACUGGACUUUGCAGCAGUGGAGCUCUUUCCCAGAAAAUCAUUCUGACUCCGCACACCUCUUGCUCGCUCCGCCCUCAUGGGACACUGGCCAGGGCAUUUAUUUCGGGUUGUGUCAGCAGCAGAUGACCUCUUUCGAUCGAGGAGAAGCCAGCCAACUAAUUGACCUUGUCUCUCCGACGCGGCAUGGCAGAGAGGAUCUGCACUCGCCACGGAAAAAUUCCACAGAAUUCCCUGCCUCAACGUUGGCACUGCAGUGAUGAGGUGGCCACGGCCUUUUGGGCCCCGUUCUCACUGCGUUACGUACCAUGGUGUGUGCUGAUACAGAGUGUGCAUUUAGAGUCAGUGAUGUGAAUCGAGGUUACCACUGUUGUCACAAUGUGGGGAUUACCAGCAGACAAGCAACAGGCAAUGCUCCUUGUCCUCCUGCUGUCACUGGCUAGGCCUGGAGCCGCAGGGUGUCCCAGCAAAUGCAGAUGCUACACGGAUACAAAUGAUGGCAAUGUGGUAGAGUGCCGGAAAAGGGAUCUAACCAGGGUGCCAUCUGGUAUUGACAACACCACAAAUACCCUGUUCUUGGACAGAAAUCGAAUUGAAGUUAUUCCGCCGAAUACAUUUACAAGUCUGCCAAACCUCCGGAGGCUGGACCUUCAUCAAAACCUGAUACGGAAUGUUUCUGUUGGAGCACUCAGUGGAUUGGGAAGGCUGAGAAACCUGGACCUAUCGUUCAAUUGCAUUGGUGAUAUCAAGGAGCGAAUGCCUCCCAACCUUACAGAGCUAUACCUGGAUAACAAUCCUGGACUGAACAUACGAGAUAUAUUCAAUGGGCUGUACAAGCUACGGACCCUUUCCCUAAAUGCAUGUCAGCUGAACACGUCAAGCAUAAAGGGAGGAGUAUUCAUGGAUUUGGGUGUACUCUACUACUUACAUUUGAGCUAUAACAACCUAACUGAACUUCCUAUUGGAGCAUUCAAGGGGCUUCGCAACCUAGGUAUUUUAACCCUUGAUAACAACCAGUUGGCAUAUACUUACAAAAGUAGCUUUGAAGGACUUGAGUCGGACAUUACCAUCUACUUACAGAACAACAGAAUAACGCGGAUUCCGGAAAAGUUACCAAAGCGUACAUGUAACCUGCAACUUAGCUCCAACCAAAUUACCUCCAUUCGGCGUAAUGCGUUCCCUGAUAUGCGUUGCUUGUUCCAUCUGAGCUUAACUAACAACAGGAUUAAGAGUAUCAGGCGUGGAGCUUUCCGAAACCUUCAGAAUGCGCAAUCCUUGACAGUAUCACUCAGUGGGAACCUUUUGUCGGACGUUCCUGAUAAGGUGUUCCAGUUUAGUGUGCGCACUUUAGACUUGAGCAACAACAAAUUCAACUUCAUCCCGUCCAAAGCACUUCAAAACGCCCCAAACUUGAGAGAACUUAUUGUAGAUAGAAAUCCCAUCGAAUACAUUCAAAACUACGCUUUUCAGUACCUGAACAACCUGCAAACACUUCAUCUCAACAACCUAACAAACCUGACGUUUAUCGACAGAUAUGCAUUCCUCGGGCUCUCCAACUUGAAGAACUUGUACUUGGAGAAUAACAAAAAGCUGAUAUGUCUGGUCCCAGGAGUUUUCCUCGGUUUGAUUAAUCUUGAGCUCCUUGAUCUACAAAAGUGCAGUCUGAUCAACCUUCCAAAUGGGAUUUUCAAAGGACUGGACAAACUAAACUUUCUCUACCUCUCUGGCAACCCCUGGACAUGUGAUUGCAAUUUGCGCUGGUUGAAGCAGAUGACGGACAACUCCUCGUAUCAGCAUUACAAUUUGAAGUACGAACUUACCUGUAGGGCUCCCCCCAGGGUUGCCGGACGUGCAAUGUACAGUUUGCGUGUGGAGGACUUCUCAUGCCCGGCAACGAUCACGUACAACACCCCAAGUCAGAGCGUGUUGGUUGGUCAGAAUAUGUCACUUGUGUGUAACGCCACUGGGGAGGGCAAUAUAACUACCAAUUGGACGACUCCUGACGGUGCUAUUCUGCAGGCAGGAUCGUACUUUUCCCGCGUCUUUGUACAGUACGACAACUCGUUGGCCAUCACCAAUGCCAGCUAUGGCGAUUCGGGAAACUACACAUGCUAUGUGGAAAACAUAUCUGGAAACGACUCUGCCACGAUUUUGAUCCAGGUGCGUGACACAAUAACCACAGUCUCCCCAACCACUACAGCUACACCAAACCCAUCAACCACAAUAUCCACCCCUGUGCCUACGGACCCCAGUGCAGGACCAACCUUAGAUCCAAGCUCCCCCUUCUGGCCCUGUACCACCUCGAGAUGGAUCUCCCCUCCCCCUCUCCCUGCAAACUUUUCCGCCACUACAGUAACUCCUUCCCCAUCACUCAAUCCCAGCCCCACAAACAACCCUCCAUCUCCGUACUAUACCUUACUUGUAGUUAACAUAUCCCUUGGGAUAGCCAUUUUCCUCAUCAUAGUCAUUGCUGCAUACUGCUCCUGGAGACGCCGGCGGCGCCAACAUCAACAGGCGUGUGCUGUGACACAACCACACGAAAACCACCGAGUGAUACUAGCCAACAAUUCCAGAACUGCCACAUGUAACCAGCCCUAUUCAAUCCCUAUGACGGACUUCAACGGAUCAUCAAAGGACUUGUACAUGACGAUCCCAGUCAACUCCGAACUUGCAAAUGGAGACGAGUGGAGAGUGCCAAAUGCCAAAUGUAUGUUCUGAGACAAGACUGUCUGCUGUCUUCCACCCCAGAAGGUCUGCUGCGGCUCCUACCUGAAAUAUUAAAUCGUAACCACAUGGAAUCAUCAGAGGGGACAUUAUCUUCAUUAGCAGAUUUUAAACACUUGAGCGGAGAGGGGAAAAUAACAUUUUUCAUCGACAAGAUGGAGCUAAAGAUAGCAUGACAGAGGAAAAUUAUUGCUGAAUAAGGUACAUGGGUACUUUUUCAUUAGUCAAAAAUGAACAUUAUUUACAUAAGGAUAUGGAGUUUGCAUGGAAUGAAGUUAUGUGCCAUACGUAUUUCUGCCCUGAUAGUUCCAUCUCAUAUGGUCUAAAUGUUGGUAGAACGUGUGAUAAAUCACUGUCAUUUCAGCCUCAAUUAAAGCAGCUAUCCCUAA